AUGCCCGCGACCUCGACCAACAAGAAGCAGCCCCCGCGUCGGGCUUCUGCUGCCUCUGCUUCCGCAGCUCCUGCCAGCGCCGGGCAGCCGUCGAAGAAGCGCAAAGCAGACGCAGCCCUGCAGAAGUUCUAUGCCGUCCGCAGUGGGCAUAAGCCCGGCAUCUACCUUCUGUGGCCCGAGUGCCAGGCCCAGAUCGCCGGGUUCAAGGGCGCCCAGUUCAAGUCAUUCACGACCCGCGAAGACGCCGCCGCCUUUGUUGCUGGCAAGACGCCGCCGUCGGAGGCCGAGGCCCUGAAGGGUCAGCCGGACAAAUUCUACGCCGUGGCCAAGGGGCGCAAGCCGGGCAUCUACACAGACUGGGGAACGGCCAGCGAGGCCAUUGUAGGUACCAAGGGACCCAAGUAUAAGAAGUUUGGCACGCGUAUCGAGGCAGAGGCGUUCAUGCGCCUACACGGGGAUGCCGCCACCGAGGACGAUGACGACGACGAAGAGGAAGAACAGCCUGCUCCGAAGAAGGCCAGGACUACCAGCACUGCCACUGCUGCGAUUCCUGCCCAGGCGGGCAAGACCGGCAAGCUGCUUAAUAUCUACACGGACGGAAGCAGCCUGGGCAACGGAUACCAUGGAGCUUCCGCGGGGGUCGGUGUCUUCUUCGGUUCGGGAGAUCCAAGGAACAUUUCCGAGAGACUCCAGGGCGAACCUCAGACGAAUCAGCGGGCGGAGCUGACGGCCAUCCUACGGGCCCUCGAGGCUACCUCUCCCAAGCAGGGGGUGCAGAUCAUCACGGACAGCAAGUACUCGAUUCAGUGCGUCACCGAGUGGUAUCGGAACUGGGAGCGGAACGGAUGGACGACCAAGCAAGGCCCCGUCAAGAACAGGGAUCUAGUGGAGGCCAUCCGGGCCAGGAUCAACGAGAGAGAGGCGAAGAAGACGCAGACCAUCUUCACCUGGGUCAAGGGCCACGCGGCGGACGCGGGCAAUGUUGCUGCUGAUCAGCUGGCUGUUGUCAUCCCUUUUCUGAGGGGAGGUGGUGGCUCCAAGAUGCCGACCUUGGCACUUACCAACUUCAACAUCGUCCUCAGUGUCCUGGGAGGAUGGAUUUCCCUGUUUGGCCUCGUGUCAUACCUCUGCAAAGAGAACUUUUACCUAUCUGAGGCCCUGAUCUCUCUCUUGGCCGGCGUGGCACUCUCCCCACCUGCCGCCAACCUUAUAAGGCCGCUGGACUACGCCGGCUCCCAGGCGAACCUCAACACUGUGACCCUGUACUUCUCCCGCCUCGUUCUCGGCAUCCAACUGGUUCUUGCAGGGGUCCAGCUGCCUAGUAGAUACUUGAAGAAGCAAUGGAGGCCGCUCUCUCUGCUGCUCGGCCCCAUAAUGGCCCUGAUGUGGCUGGCUACGAGCCUGUUGAUCUGGGCUCUCGUCCCCAACCUGAACAUCCUCCACGCACUCGCCAUCGGGUCCUGCGUCACUCCCACCGACCCGGUCCUGUCCAACGUCAUCGUCAAGGGUAAAUUUGCCGACCACAACGUGCCCAAGGACCUCCAGCAGAUCAUCAUCGCCGAAUCCGGCGCCAACGACGGGCUGGGCUAUCCGUUCUUGUUCUUCGCCCUGUACCUCAUCAAGUACACCGGGGACGGCGGCGUGGCCGAGUCGGGAGGCGCCGCGAAGGCCAUGGGCUUCUGGUUCGCCGAGACCUGGGGCUACACCAUCGCCCUGAGCAUCGUGUACGGCGCCAUUGUGGGGUGGAUCGCCAAGGAGCUUCUCCACUGGGCCGAGGAGCGCAAGUUUGUGGACAGGGAGAGCUUCCUCGUCUUCGCCAUCUCCCUCGCCCUCUUCAUCGUCGGCACGUGCGGCAUGAUCGGGAGCGACGAUGUCCUGGCCUGCUUCAUCGCCGGGAACGUGUUUACCUGGGACGACUGGUUCCGGCUGGAGACGCUGGACGACUCGCUGCAGCCGACGGUAGAUAUGUUGUUGAACGUGUCCAUCUUCAUGUGGUAUGGCGCCGUCUGCCCAUGGCACAGCUUCCUGGACAACUCCGUGAUCCCCCUCUACCGCCUCGUUCCCCUUGGGAUCCUGAUCUUGCUGCUCCGCCGCCUUCCCUGGGUCCUUGCCAUCCACAAAUUUGUCCCUCAGAUUGAGGAGUUCAGGCAGGCAAUCUUUGUCGGCUUCUUUGGCCCGGUCGGAGUGUCGGCCGUCUUUUACUUAUACAUCGCCCUGGAGUUUCUGGAGACAAUGCACGUCAAUGGAGAGCCUCGGAAGGAUGUGGAGAAACUCCCAGAGGCCGUGUAUAUCGUCGUCUGGUUCAUUGCGAUUUGCAGCAUUAUCGUCCAUGGCUUGAGCAUACCCCUCGGAAAGCUAGGCUACUACUUGCCCAGGACCUUAUCCAGAGGCCUCUCUUCCCCAUCGGAUACUGACAAGGCAACGCCGCCAUUCACUCUGCGCGGCAGAGUGACCAAUCUCAUUACUAGCAGACCGGGUUCUCGACUCGGUAAUGAGAGCACUCCAGUCUGCCACUCGGCAUUGCCUGCCCCCUUAUAUCGAACCGGGGGCUCGAUAAUCCCCAGAAGGGCGGAAACCUCGGUCCUUCCACCCCGCAUGGCGACCUUGAACCCAGUGAGCGGCGGCGACGGCAUGGGCGCCUCGAAAAGUGCCAUGGAGACAGAAAUUGAGCUACGGGACCUAUCAUCAAGCUCCGGUGUUCCUGGACGAACGAUACGGUUCCCGGAUGAACAUGCAGCUCAGCCCGGCUCCCAGGUUGCCGACCAAGGUGCAGGAUGA